CUUCUAAGCUAGAAUGCAGAGGAACAGUAGACCGGAGUCUAGGGAUGCUGAGUUCUUUGAGUGACUGAGUCGGUACUCAUACAACCCAAAAAUGAUUUCCCUUCUAAUUGCAAACGUAAAAAGUCUUGGUUUUUACAUCAUAAUAUGCAUAUUUUCAUAUAAAGCAUAUAAACACCUGCGGAAGCCCAUUGUCAUGAUGAAAGGUGAUGCACUGAUUGAUGUGAGGCAUGUGUUUGUUUGGUCAAAAUCAUUGCACUCAGCGUAUUUGUGUCACGAUGGUUGUCAGUUAUUUAGUCCUUGUUUCUUAAUGUUUCGUUUUCAGUUAGUCUGACCCCUCUAUAGUGAAUUUUACAUUCAUUUUCUUGCUCCUUUGAAAUAUGAGCCGCAUGACCUAAAUACUAGAUAAAAUUAUUUUUCUGGAAACGUAUUAUCCUAUCAGUCAAUUAUUUUACUAUUCCAUAGUUACGAAGUGAUCAUCUUUUUACGAUAAAGAGGUUAAAUAAACGAGCUGCCUUUAAACAGUAUUACCAGAAGUCGUUUCUUCAACAAGAGCCUAAAACUAGGCAAAUGAUACCGACAAAAACUCGAAUGUUGUUGUUGAACCAAGACUGGCAUCACUGCCACUCACAAACUGUUGGACUCGUUUUGCCUUGAUGUGCCAAAUCGCUUGUGUUUCUUCGGUUUACGGAAAUUUCUUUGAUAUUAGUGAAUUCUGCGAGUUGUAACCUGAAUCAUAACUUAGUUCGGGAGAACCCAGUUAGAUUAUGCGCUGUAAAAGAUAGCACUGAAGUGACCUGAAACCCCCGUGAAAAACUCGGAAUUGAAGGGAGAAACGCGGCAUCGACGCUCGUCUUAGAAAACAGCAAGAUGGCUUUUCUGUGUCCAGUCAGAAUCCGACGAAACAAGAAAAAGAAAGGUUCGGGUGGCUAUGUCUCUGAAGGAGAAGAAAAAGUUGUUCGGGCCCCAGGUCUUGGUCGCAUCACUGGGUCAGCCUCCAUAGAAACUUUAGUCAGAGUGGGCCUUGAGAAAGAAGCUGGUCUCUCUCCAGAUAGUAAGAUGGUGGUGCUUCACGACUUCACCCCUUGUGUAGAUGAUGAACUUGAAGUUAAGAGAGGAAAUGUUGUAAAUGUAUUGUACCAAGAGAAUGACUGGGUAUAUGUCAUUGCAGAGCACGGUCAGCAAGAAGGCUUCAUCCCACAUUCUUACUGUGCACCUUUUGGUUCACAGUUAGGGGAGCUUACCAUUAAUCAUAAAAAAAAAAUGCCUCGAGACCACAAUUCUACAGAUGGUGGAGGUGGAGGACUCGACACAGAUCACAACACAACUAUAGGCACUAUCAACUCAGGUGGAACAGAUAAUCCAGGAUUAGUUGGUUCAGAUAACGAAAGUUACGGCGGAAAGCUUAUUAGUGUACCACCUAAUCGAACUCCUGAUUCUUCAGUUCAAAGUGGCUCUGCAACUCCUGACAUUCAUCCAUUUUUCAAAGACCCGGCAGGAAGGUAUAUUGUUUUGUAUACUUUCAUUGCGAGAGAUGAAAAUGAUGUCAGCGUAGAAAGAGGAGAGUUUGUUACAGUUCUUAAUAGGGAGGAUCCAGAUUGGUACUGGAUUUUAAGAUCAGAUGGCCAAGAAGGAUUUGUCCCAUCUGGCUUUGUUUAUCCUGCUGAUGUGAUACAAGAUCACUUAGAGCAGGGUGGUGCUACUACUGGGGCAGGAGGUGUUGGAGUCAUGGGAGGAUCAUUACAUGGCAAUUUGGGUAGUAUGGCUGCUCAUCAGCUAGGAUACGGUGCCUCUCAGCAUCAUGGCAACCCUGGGAAUAGUGAUGAUUUGCGAUUCCAUGGCUCAGAAUUAGUCAUGCUUUAUGACUACAAGGCCCAGGCUCCUGAUGACUUGUCAGUUCGUCGAGGGGAUUGGAUUUAUGCAGACCUCAAUAACCAGACUGUUGAUGGUUGGUUAUGGGCAUAUGCUCCCAAAACUCGUAAAUAUGGCUUCAUACCGAAAGCUUAUGCCCGACCUCCUGCCAUGACCUCUCUAUAGAAGAAUAUUGUACAAAGUCAUUUUAUAGCAAUGAAUGUAGGUUAGAUUGCAUAUAAUCAGUGUGAGAUAUGUGGAUGUUAGUGGAACGUAUUUUCAAGAAAUGAUGCUCACAAGGUGAACACAUGGAUAACAUAUCGCCAUCCUAAAAUGUAUAAUACAUACUUUGGUCUUGCAUUUUACAGGACAGUGAUAUUUGAAGAUUUUCUGUACCAUCUGGAAGGAAGAACAUGCACAGGUUUUCGUAUGGAAGUUUAAAGUUACUGUGUGUAUAGCAAGUAGUUGGCAUAAAUGUCAAGCAACAUGCUUCUAAUAAAAUAUCUGUGAAAUGAAGAAAAUCUGUUAGUGGAAAGUGACUUGAAUGAAAUCCUGUUAAUCUUGGAUGUUUCAAAAGUGGCAUUUCCAAGAUUAAAAGAGACCCCCAUUUAGGAACCUCUUGGUGAUCAGAAAAAAUACAUUUUAUAAAUGUUGCAUGUAUAAAGACUCAGCUGUGGGAGAUAUACUUUGUAUUGUUGCUUGAGUACAUCUUAUGAACCAUGAAAAGAAGAUUAUUACUCAAUGAAAAAUGACAGGUGUUAACUAGACUUUUUAUGAAAUGCCCUAUUGAAUUCAAGUAGAGGAAUUAAUACAUUAUUGAAUCAACCAGCAAGUGGCUUCAGGGCUAUAAUUUAGGAAUUUGAGUGAACUGUCAACCUUUGGUCAUAAGUGAAAUUAAAUGGAAAUGUUUUAAAAUAGGAAAAAUAAUAGGUGCAUCUUGUGUAAUCAUACAGUGACAAGUUACAUGAAGAUGUGGAAAUAAAUACCUUGGCUGUAUCAGGAAUACAGCUAUAGAUUUUGUUUUGAUGCAAAGGGCUCGUCUAUGGAAUUUUUGUAUCCGGGUGGAGUACGUAACUCUACAUUGUCGUUGACUUCAAAGAACAUAAAAGUAAUAGCAGUUCAUGAUUGCAGAAAUGUGUCAAUUUCUAGCUGCUAUGAGUAGAGGACAUGUGUUCCUGAGGUAUAGCCCAUUGUUUGUGCUGUUUGCCUAAAGGAAGUGUAAUUAAACAACUGCCUUAUAUUCUAAAUCCUUAAGGGGCUGACCCGAAAAAUUGGGUCCUCAUGAUUGGGGAACGUUAGAGCAUGACAAAUAGAUUUAAGUUGGACAGACAUGUGAAGUAACCAAAGGGAAUGGAUGGAAAGUAGUCAAAAAGUAGUGCAACGGGAAUGAAUGGAUGCUGUGAAGAUUCUUUACUAUUGAUUACAUUGAGCCAUUCAAGAGCUUAUGUGGAUGGUAUGCACCUACUGGACACAAUUAUUGAAAGUGAUUUCUUAGAGUAGUUUAACUGUAUCACUAAGCCAAAAUACUGUGCCUUGAGAGCAUUGAAUAGUUAUUAGGAAGAAGAGUUAUUAAUGAGGUAGGAGGAAUUGCCCCUCCCAUCUAUUUGGAUAGAAAUCAAAAGUGUAAAAGUGCCAUGGAAAAAGAUAUAAGAAUAAAAGUUGAAGGACUUGAAACCAGAAAUAAUUUUGAUAAGACUGGAACCAGAUGUAAUGCAGAAAAAAGGUCAAAGGUAUGUGCUGUCGAGUCAUGCUAGUCUGUAACUCAUCUGUACUAUAUUAUUUAGACGAUUGAUAUAGUUGUGAAACAGUAAGAAUGGGAGCUUGAAUAUUAUUGACCAAGCUAGGAAGAUGGAAAAAACCAGUAUAUAUAAUUGGGAAAAACCAGUAUCAAUGGUAUUUAUAUACAGCUUUUUGAAUUUUGUUAUGGUGAAACUUAUGAUUUGAGAAUUAUGUCGUCAUGAAUUUUAUGAAUCAACAGUUCUACUAUGACAUGAAAAGUGAGUUAUUAACAAGGCAUUAGUAGCACUGUGACAUAUCUUGUUCCAUUUUUGUGUUUUUCAUAGAUUGAAGGCUUCUUAUGUUUUAAUUCCAUGUUUUGUAAGUUGCAGUAAGAUAGCUUCAUUGAAUAGAGAAAGGCUCUUAAUACAAUUUUAAACUUCUUCAUAGUAAUUGUUGGAAUCUCCUUUUCAGGAUAGUGAAUUUUAUUCAUUAAUUCAUUCUAUAAGUAAUAAAUUCUGUUGGUUUUGCAUUCUUCAGGUGUUUGUAGUCUCUAGCACUGAAAGAAUUAGCAGUUAGCUGUUAUGUACCCAGCCAUCCAUUUUACCUGUCUAAAGAUUUAUUCUUUUUAAGUGAAGGAUAGUUAUUAAUACAGUAUUACUGUAUUAUUAAUAAUUGAGUUAAAUCAGAUCACUGAGAAUGCUAGUGUAAAUGUGGUUAAGUUAGUGUGUGUAAGACCUGUUAAUGCAGUUGUUUUUUUUUUUUUUUCAUUUAAAAGGGUGCUACCUUUAGUGGUGUGAAUCUUGGCACUCUUAUCACUAAUUUUAUGGGGUUACGUAUUUCCUAAUUUAUGUAUGAUAAAGGAAAUGUUACGUUAUUUGUUUGCCUGGUAGUCGUCAUAUUUUGCCCAGGAAACAAUAAUUUACAGUCAAAUACUGUGAAAUUAGAAUGAUAGUGAACUUACCAUUGAUUGACAUUAACUAGAAUUCAGUACUACUGUACUUCAAAGUUUAUUUUAUUUAUUUUAGUUUUAGCACAGAUGUAAAUUAGAUAGUCAUAUUGUUCGUUUCAGUGUCCAGCUAGAAGUUGUGCAUUAUGACUUGUUCAUUUGUGGAUGGAUAAAACAGUAUAAAACUUAUGUAGUUGGAUACUGUAGUUUUUGAUUUCAUACAAUGUAUUUUUCCAUCAAGAAAGAUUAUGCCCCUUUCUAUAGGUUGUGUAUCUUUUGUAUAUAAAGGAUGAAAAAUAGGAAUUAUGAAAGUUGUAGGUAAGCAAGGAAAUUGAUUAAACAGAUUCAGGACUGAGGAAGAAUAAUGACAGAAGAAUAAGAGGAAGCAAGAGAAUGAAAUAGCAAUACAAAAUUUGAGCAGAUUAUUAGCACGUAACAAACAAUAUACAAGAAGAUGCUUACACAAGAAUUGGCUAAGGAAAAUGCUCUGAAAGCAUGAGGACUAGGACUUGGGAAAAGGUAGUGACUGAAGGCCUUCAUUAACUUCAACCUUAACCUCCCCAAAAAAUCAAAACUCAUGUCAGCUUCUACACCAGUAGGUGGAGAGAGUAUGCAAAAGAUGAAAGCAAGGACAAUGAUGGUUACACGCCUGAUUUAUGACCCAAGUUUCCUAUAUACAUUGAUUUAAUUACAUAUGUUGUGGAAAGUUACCCAUAUUUGUCUUACACUUUAAGGUUCUGACAAAUUCAGUAUAUUCUGAUUUAAAGAACUUUGAAAAUAAGUGUCACCAAUAUGUCAUGGAUUAAGUUAUGACAACUUGAGUGCAGUAAUGUGAUAUAUGCUAUUGUGAUUGACUGCGAUUGUUAUUUAUGAAGAAUGUAAAUGCUCUAAUAUUUAUUUUAAUAAGUAGCUUUGCUCACAUUGUUUUUCAUCACAUUCAUCAUUGUACAGUAAUACUAGUUAAUAGUACUGUAGUCAGUUCAGUCAUUUGUAUUUUAUCAUUUUCAUGAGUUUAAAUUUUUUUUAUAUGUAUAUACUUCCAAUAUAUGUUGUUUGAUAAAAUAAAAUGUCAAAAGAU